AUGCUAGUACGAACUCCUCAUCAUGCUGAAGAGGAGUCGUCAAGUCUCGACCCGCAAGCAUGUCUCCAAGAUGCACUCACGGAUUUCCCCUCCGGAUUGUCCCGCCGGAGCAAGAGGAGCAAUAAUGCCGCGGCUGCACCUCGUGAUGCCGUACAAGAAGCCAUUGAUGCGUCGAAGGCCGCCGCUGGCGCGGCGACGGCGGCGGCAGCAGUUGCUGUGACCCCAGCAGCGACGGGUUCCCGUACUGCCUCAUUAUUGGGUGCUAACGGUAUCCAACGGCUUUUUGACCACUUAAAAAUAGCACCCAACGAGUUGACAACCUCUUCCAGCAUGAGUGAAGUCGAGGAUAGCGCCGUGUCAGGAAGUGAAGCCGCUGGGCGACCGCCGCUGGCGCCGCCGUCAUCGCCGCCGCCAACGUCAAAGUCGCGACAGCUUGUCGUACACCGAAGCUCCCAGCCGGCACUGCCGCCGCCGCGCUGGCCGCCGUCGCUGCGCACAACAGCACUGCCCGCUUGCCGCCCGGUCUGGUUGGAGGAUGUCCUGUCCGUGCGUCAGGCACUGUUCAGAAAUCGAGCCAUCCGGCUGACUGCCGUACUGGACAGGCCGCAGCAACUGUCAGAAGCUCUCAUCCGUCAUGCUUAUAAGACCCAUGGGUCACCUACGGUAACCGCCGCGUGGCGCUCCCCGGCUGACGUGCACCGCUUCCUGUGCCACUCUCGCGAGAAACAGGAACUUGAGGGUCCCCACCGCCUCCGUUGCCCCGACACGUCGCCGCUGCUCCUUCCUGCGUCGCCGGCGAACCCGGGGCCUGGCAGUAGCGGCCGCGGCGACAGCGGCGGUGGCGGUGGUUGUGGCGCCGGCGGCCGCACGCCCACGCUGGCGGAGGCGCUCAGUUGUCUGGAGGAGUGGCAACAACACAAGCUCCUCAUCCAGCUCGAUCUAUGUCAGCUAGCCGGCCACCAUACCGGGUCCGGACCCGGCGGCGGCGGUGGUGGUGUUGAGGCCGUGGACUUCAAUUUCGAGCCGUGGACCUGGGGCCUAGCCGGCGGUGAUGGUGACGGCGACGAGGCAAGCUGGUGGGAAUUUUGCAAGGAUCUGCUAGGAAGCUACUGGGGGCUACCACAAAGCCCAGCAGCUGCCGGCGACGGCGGACUCCAGGGGCGCCCAGUUGGUUUUCCCUUCAACCUCGGACCGUACGGAAGCCCUGCUUGGGGGCAUCCUGGAUUGCCAGUCGUACGACUGCCGUACUCCGGCGGUACGCUCUCCCUGGAGUGGGGCAGUGAGGGGGCGCUACUGCCGCUCCGUUACCACGCGUCUGAUGAUCGUGUGAUUUUGCAGGUCUGCGGCCGACGGCGUAUCCUGCUCGUCCCUCCUGAGUACGCUCUGCCGUACCUGGCACCUUUCCCUGUAAUACAUCCGUACGAUGGGUACAGCAUGCCGGCGGUAGCACAUACAUUGGUGUACGACACUCCGGGUGUUGACAUCACCCGCGCCGCCGCCACGGUCUUGUCGGCUUGGGAGAAUCUUCACGACGUCCAAGGCCAGGUGGCAGUCCUUGAUCCCGGCGACGCCGUCUUCGUGCCCGCGGAGCGGACGGAGGCAGUGGGGCGGCCCAUGGCUCCCGGCACCCGGCUACUGCAGCUGGCCAGACUGCUGGAGAGCUGGUCGCUGGCUGCGGAGGUGCCCCCAGGUUCGGAGCUGCGAAAGACGCUGCUGGAGAUGGCCGAGUACCACCUGCUACAGCUACAGCUGCAGUUUCAUCCAACCUUCAACCGCAACACCCCACGAGGCCGUGUGCUCAUGGAUCUGUACGACAUGAUCGUACGACAUGUGGCGCCGAUCUCGCACGCGGUGCUGAUAACUGUUGCGGCUGCCGUUAGAGCUCCGAAACCGGAGGACGCAUCGCCGGGGCCGUCCAAGCGACAUGGAUGGCUGUAUCCUGGAGGCGGGGGUGGUGGUGGUGGUGGUGGUGGUGGCGACUGGGGUAAGCGACAUGGAUGCGACGGUGGCGAUGGCGGAAGAGACUUCGAGGGGAAAGGUUCUUAUGACGGCAGCGGUGAUGCGGACGGCCUGGCGGCACUCAUUCGACUCGUUUGCCAGGACCGUCUUUUGCCCACGGACUGGGUGGACCAGCUGUGCCGAGAUCCCGAGGUGGCGCGCGAGCAGCUUCUAUGGUACGAUGACCGCCGUACACACGACGAGAGGCGCUUUCCAGAGCUGUUCCGGCUGCAGGUGGCUGCGAAGGAUGCUGAGUCGCGUGCGACCAGCCUGCGGCCGGCGGCGCUGCCAUACCAGAACUUGUCACUACAGCAUGCGUUGGAGGCGCCACGACCGUUUCUGCCGCUGCUGUAG